AUGGUAGAAGUUCUAAAACGUGGUUUUACCAUGCUAAAAGAGAAGCAAAAAGGCUUCAUAAACAAGAGUUUAGGCAUCACUGAGAUCAUCUGCUCUGCUGACAUGGCCACGGGAGUCAAGCUCGGUGUUAUGUGUGGACUGUAUGGAGGUGCUGUCAAUAAUCUAGGCAGUCCAGAGCAGAAGAUGAAAUGGUAUCUCCCUGUUUCAGAGUUACAAUUUACAGGGAUGUUUGCGAUGACUGAGAGGGGCCACGGUAGCAACGUUCGAGGCAUUAUCACUGAGGCCCGAUACAAUCAAUCCACACAGGAGUUUAUUAUUCACACACCUUCCGAAGAUGCUCAGAAAAUGUACAUCGGGAAUGCAAUGAAAGGAAACUAUGCUGCUGUGUUUGCUCAGCUCAUUAUAAAUGGAGAAUCUCAGGGUCCCCACUGCUUUAUUGUACCAAUCCGUGAUCAGAAUGGAGUCAUGUGGCCAGGAGUGACGACCAUUGACAUGAAGCACAAGGAAGGUCUGCAUGGGGUUGACAAUGGCAUUUUGAUAUUUAAUAACGUCCGGAUACCACGGGAAAAUCUGCUGAGAAAGUUUGGUUCAGUAUCAGCUGAUGGUUUGUACUCGUCUCCUGUCCUCAGUAAAAGCAGUCGCUUCAAUGCAAUGCUCGCUGCCCUGACACCCACCCGUCUGGGUCUCACCGUACAUGCCAUGGCUGCCAUGAAGCUGGGGCUCGUCAUUGCAGUACGCUACAGUCACAGUCGCAGACAGUUCGGUCCGAAGGAUCAGGAUGAGGUGAAGAUCAUCGAGCACCAAACGCAGUACCUGAGACUGAUGCCACACCUGGCUGCUGCCCUCGCGCUCAUUUUCACCACCAGAUACGCUGCAGGUUUGAUGGACGAUGCUUUGUGUCAGGGUCAGGACCUUCAAAGCAAUCGUGCUCUGCAAGCUCUCGUCGCAGGACUCAAAGCCUACAGCACGUGGGAGAACGUGACGUGUCUGCAAGACUGCCGUGAGUGUACUGGCGGCAUGGGCUUUAUGAUGGAAAACCGUAUUCCGUCUCUGAAGUGUGACUCCGACGUCUUUGUCACAUUUGAGGGCGACAACAUGGUCAUGCUUCAGGUGGUGGUACGAGAGCUGCUGACCCAGUACACCAAACUGAUGGGGAACAACUUGGUGAUGGGACUGAUUAGAAACUGGACCAGCUCAGUGUCAGACAGCCUUAGAACCAGCUUUCUUGGCUUCAGCGUGGACAAAGUAGGAGACCUAAUGUUCCUGCUGAAAGCGGUGAGCUACAGGGAAAGGGUGUUACAGCGCAGUCUGGCAAGUCGACUUUACACUAAGGUCAGUUGUUCUCACUGAAUCACUGGAAACAAACAGAGUUUCCUCUCUGUUGCACACACACACACCAUGACCUUGGAGCAGUUUGCUCUCACCGUACGAGAAUGCCAUAUCAAAGAGGACCGUGCCUUGCUCACCAAGUUCUGCCUUCUUCACGGCACUAGUCUGGUGUAUCAGGAGAGAGCGUGGUACCUGGAGCACAACUACCUGACCCCCAACACCAGCCGACAGAUUCGCAGCCAGCUUUUGGAGCUGUGCAGAUCGGUGAAGGAUGAUGCGCUGAAGGUGGUCGAUGACUUCAACAUCCCGUCCUGCUGCAUCCAGGCCCCUAUCGCUGGAGUCGCCAAUCCCAGGGCCGAAUGGGCCUUCUACCCACAGCCACAGUAUCCCAGCAGCACCCAACCUCUGUCUAAGCUCUGAAUGAGAGAAUAAGCAUGGCUUUAUGAGGAUGUGGAAGAACAAUUAAGUGAUUUCAGGUUGCUGGUCUCAAUGGUUUCCAUUUUCUUUCACAUUGGUUGGGAGAGAUUAAGGACUAAUUGGAGGUGGUCAGUGCACUUACGAAUGCAUAGCUGACGUUUUAUGAUUAAGCAUCAUGCUUUGUGCCAAGAAGAAUGGUAGAACUUGCCAAGGCCUUGAGAAAAUGGCAUAUACUCUAGGCACAACACUACAUUUUCUUGUUCACUCUUAAAAAUAAAGUUUCCAAAGGGGUGGGUUCGCAACAAUGCAAUAGAAGAACCAA